UUGUCUCCUGCCUCACCAAGGCAAGGUUAGAUACACUCGGCUGGAGACACUCGAAGAAAAACACCUUGGGAACAAAUUCAGCAUCUUGGCAACCAGGAAUUGCUUUCRUCUCUGUUUCUAGUAGGUCUAGUGAUGAAGCAAGUGUUAUCAUUGCCUGAAGUGACAUAGCUUUUUUUAUUUGGACGUUUCGCAACAAAAAAAAAUCCAAAAGGGAAUGUUUGCAUAGCUACAUUGCCGAAGACCCUCCUCAAGCCUUAUUCUCCGUGUUUAAUGGAAACGCACAAUUAUAAGAAAUGGUUGCAUUUUGUGAAUACCAGUGAUUGCUUUCUACGGCCCAUCACAGCUGCAGUGCGCGAGGAAGGACGCCUCAGCUUGCCGGACCCCGGGUCGCGUGUGUGUAUAGGCUACGGUUACCGUAUACCAUCAAUUGGACUGCUGGAGUGAAGGUGACUCGCGCCCCCUUUGUAGUCGAGGCAAUGCGGAGAGAAGUCGCAAGCGCUCAUCCGGUACUUCUGCGCUCUGACGGCUGCCUGCAAAAAUAUAUUAUUCUUCUUAGACGGUAGAGAGAGAGAGAGAGAGAGAGAGAGAGAGAGAGAGAGAGAGAGAGAGAGAGAGAGAGAGCAGUAAUACACCACAGAUAAACUAUCUAUCCUAUCCGUUUUAGGAUAUAUCCUACUGGAGAGGUUUCGACACCACAAACGACAGAUAGAACAGGAUAUCGGCGAAUAGGUGGUGGUGGAGUUCAGGGGGACGUAGAUAAACAACGUUCUGUAUUAGAGCUGUUUUAUUAGUGGAUGUGUAUGCAUGAGUUCUGCACCGAAUGGGCGCAAGAACCGCCCCAGAUCCGCCGGGAACAUCUUCCAGAUCGGCAAGGCUCCCUACCGAGACCCGGAGAGGAGGGAGAGCACGGAGAGCACCCGCAAAGCCCAGCGCGCCGUGGCGGACUGCAGAAUGAUUGUGCAGGAGUUUAACACGCUUGUGGCGCUGUAUCGUGAGCUGGUCAUCUCCAUUGGCGAGAUCUCUGUCGAUUGCCCGUCGUUACGGGCCGAGAUGCACAAGACCCGAACUAAAGGCUGCGAGAUGGCGAGAGCCGCAAACCAGAGCCUGUCAGUCAUUUCAGGGCCUGAGGACGGAGAAAUUCACCCAGAGAUCUGCAGGCUCUUCAUCCAGCUGCAGUGCUGUCUGGAGAUGUACAUCACAGAGAUGCUCAAGUCUGUCUGUCUGCUGGGAUCCCUGCAGCUCCACAGGAAAGGUAGGGAAUACACGCUGUCUCCCCCUGGACUUAUCCAACUGGCUGCUGGCUGGGACAUGAGAGAGAUGAAGAACCUUCUCAGUAAACUCAGGGAGGCGAUGCCUUUACCACUGAAGAACCAAGAUGACAGCAGCUUGCUGAACCUAACUCCCUACCCACUGGUCCGACAGAGGAAGAGACGGUUCUUUGGGCUCUGUUGCCUGGUAACCAGCUAAGGGGCCUGCCCUCCUGGGUUGAAGGCAGGAACGGUAAUGCUUAAGUUGAAGUGUUGUUCAUGGCACAUCCAUAAAAGUGUCCUAUGCACAUCAUAAUUCAAGUGUCAUAAGACAUGUAAAAAAAAGACACAAAAGUUAUAAAAGCUUUGUCAACUGGAAUGACAGACAGUAUUUGCAUGUCAUGACCAAUAUAUUUAUUUGCAUUAUGACAUGGUGUCAUAAGAUAUUGACAGUUAUCAUAACAGUGCCCCAUAAAGGAAAGAGCAUAGAAUGAAAUCUUUUGUAAUGUGUCAUGGACAACACUGCACGUAAAGUGCUACUGCGGCAACAAAGACACCAUUAACCACAAUCCUUCACCACUUGUGUCUCCCACCACUAUAUUACUGCCAUUUCCAAAAUCCAAUACAGUUCUCUCUUUGUUGAAAAGGCUACCCCAUUUUAUAAUUUUAUUUUGUAAUACAAAGAUAAAUUGUAAUUGCAAUGUAAUGAAACCAAUAGUCAAAACAUAUAUUUUAAAUGUAUUGCAACUGCUUUUCAUUUGGUACAGAAGUCCAACCUUUUUGUUUGGUACAGAAGUUCAACCUUUUUGUUUGGUACUGUAACGYGUGUCGUCGGAAGGAUGAGACCAAGGCGCAGCGUUCUUUGAGUUCCACAUAAUUUAUUAACGAA